AUGGGAAGCAAUUACUUUGGUGAGCCAAACCUAGGAAAUGAAAGAGGAUCAUCUUCAUCAAGAAAAGGGAAAAAAAGCAAUUCAGACAAGCCUAAACAACCUCAAAGAGGGCUUGGUGUUGCUCAGCUUGAAAAGAUUAGAUUGCAUAGCCAAAUGGGCUUUCUUCCUUCUUCUGUUCAUACCCCUUAUGCCCCAAAUUUCAACCAGGAGGAUAUGAGACUUCCAACAGGCUAUUCAUCUUCGUCUUCGUCCUUCCCAUAUUCAUCAUCAGUAGUAUCCUCCCCUUCUUAUGGAUUUUCAGGCCCCCAAAACUUCAUGAUGGGAUUGCCAGACUCAGAAAGGGCAAAAAUCAUAUAUGAAGAUUCCCAACCGAGCAAUGCUUCAAGAUGGCAUCCAGGCACUGAAGUAUCGGGAACCCAAAAUUUUUCGCAGCCAAGCACGACAAAGCACUUCUUCAACCUAGAAGUAGAGGAAUCCUUCAAUAGGAAGAAGAAAGGCAGGAGUCGUUCCACGGGCUCAAGUAGUCAGAAUUCUGAAACAAGUGACACUGAAGAAAUAGAUUUGGAGCUCAGAUUAUGA